AUGAGCGACACUGAGAGCAGCAUUAUGAGAGAAAAUGCCUCCUCCGAACCCUCGUCCAAUCCUCCCAGUAUAUACGAAUACUACAAAAAUGAACACUCUGACAAUGUAUCUAUAUCAGAGUCAAUUUACUCCGUGAGUUCGGAUAAUUCCGAUAAAAUUUUGGACGGGAUGCAGGGGGAGGUCGAAGAUUUUAGUGAAAGUGAAGAUUCUGCUUCAUAUAUCAUGGGUGGCUAUCACCCUGUUAGAAUUGGCGAUAUCUAUAAUGACCGAUAUCGCAUUGAGGCCAAGCUUGGUUGGGGCUAUUUCUCCACCGUAUGGAUGGCUACUGAUUUCAAAUCCAAGCCCCCAACUUACGUAGCGAUUAAAUUUCAACGCAGUGCAGAUGCCCAUACUGAAGCGGUGUAUGAUGAAAUAGAGAUGCUUACUAAAGUUAGGAAUGAGGUUUUGUCCAAGGAAUGGCUUGAGUCUAAAGAUCUUUACAAAAGUCUGUUGCAGGACAAUUAUAAUAAGACGAGGGGUGUAAUUUCGUAUUUGAAUUUUUUUAAAGUGCACGGGAUAAAUGGAGUCCAUAUUUGCGUUGUUUUUGAGAUUAUGGGUCCAAAUAUACUGUGCUUGAUUAAAAUGUACAAGUUUCGGGGGAUUCCAAUACAUUUGGUUAAAAAAAUAGCCAUCCAUGUAUUGCUAGGGCUAGACUACCUCCAUCGCAUUUGUGGAAUAAUACACACGGAUUUGAAACCGGAAAAUAUCCUGGUCAGCUCCCCUCCAAUACCAGCAUCGCUACCAUUAGAAUCUGAUUUGCACAGAACGAGUGAUGAUAAAAACAUCCACACGACUUUGGCUGGUGACAAUGGCGAUAAAAAUGAUGCAUACAAAGACAAUAACACAGCGUGUCCCUAUGUAAAACAUGAGAUUAGACGCGGCAUUAGUGAUCCAUCCUACAUUACAAGUUACUCCCAUCCACAUGCUUUACAAACUACACUCUACAAACACUACGGCCAUAAUCUAAAAAAAGAAUUACUGAACGAUGUAAGUAUGAAUAAAACUGUCGACUGGAUGCCUAAAUUUGAACUACUGAGUAACAGCCAAUCAAUUAAGACAGGGGCUGGCUUAUCACUUUCUAUCAACAGUAAUUUGAAUAAAAAGCCGAAAAAUUCGUCUAAUAAGAAACAAAUAUUUGUGGAAACUGUAUGUGGGAAAUACCAGAUUAAACCGGCAAGUCUAGAUACAUUUCAUUCUCCCAAUUCAAUAUUCAAAAUCUGCGACCUGGGCAAUGCAUGCUGGGUCCACAACCACUUUACCGAUGAAAUACAGACGAGACAAUAUAGAUCGCCAGAAGCAAUUUUAAAAUGUGGUUACUGUACAUCUGCUGACAUUUGGUCACUAGCCUGCGUAAUAUUCGAACUUGUGACAGGAGAUUACUUAUUCGACCCUCGGGGCAGCGACGCCAAAGAUCGCGACUGCAAUCAUAUGGAAUUAAUAGUUGAACUAUUAGGGCCAAUUCCCAAGAGUAUGAUCAAAAAGGGCAAAAAAUCCAAACAAGUACUAGUUAGGUGUAUGAAAAAUAUCAAACAAUGGCCCAUAGAAAGCGUCUUGGUGAAAAAGUACAAAAUGAAGCAAAAUGAAGCCAGUGAAUUGUCUAAUUUCCUUUUGUGCAUGUUAAAGAUCAAUCCUGAGGAGAGGAUGCCAGCGCAUGAGUUACUAAUGCACAAAUGGCUCACAACUUGA